CACUUCACUUUCUUCAUGGCUCGGGGAGAAAUCUCAAAAGUUGUGUGAAAAAAAUGAUUCAUGACCUUGUGCAAAAAGAAAGUGUUGAACAAAGCAGAAGCUUCUCUAAUCAGUGUGGAUUCUGUGGUACUGUGACAUUUAGCAACUCCACUUUCUACCUGUGAGACUGGCCUACCUGUGAGCUCAUUCCGCCUCCAGGACAACAACAACCCUGAGUGAACGGGGCCCUUUGAUUGGCCCCGACGGCAGCCAAUCUGAGCCCAAAGAGGGAGUCACAGGGAAGCCACUGCACCUAUCUGCACUCACCUGAUACUUUACCUGGCUGAGCACAGAGCCCAGCAUCUCAUUACCUCUCCAAUACAAUCUCCAACUGAGGCUCAUUGUUUCCUCUGAGCUCCAGCAGUCGAGGUGUUCUUCUGUGUUUGGCUUCACACUUGGACAAAGACAAGGAGCCAUGGCCGUGGCAAACUUCCAAUACAUUACCCGGAUGAGCAGUGGCUUCAAGGUGUACAUUUUAGAAGGUCAGCCCCACCUCAGGAGCGAAGACAGAUACAGACAUAUCGCAAAUGACCGGGCACGAGCCCCGACCGUGCAUCCAGUCAAACGCAAGCGCAGCCACGAGAGAGGUCUGACAUUGGAGGAAAGGCGAGAGCGGGCACUGAGCAGAAGCAUUGGUAAACCAGCCCAGAGAGCAGCGCCAGCGGCGUUCAACCGGCCGCAGAGUCCCACAUCUACCUGGAGUCCAACACCCAGCCCCACCGACCAUCUGCCCUCCCAUGUGUACUACGCACCAGUCAUGGAUGAACCACUCGCCCUCAUCAAGAAACCAAGGAAAGACCCUGAAAGCACAGAAGAGAAGACUAAAAGCUCUACUCCCACUCAAAUCCAGAUGCGUCCCUCUGUGAUCACUUGUGUCUCCUCAUCAAGAAACCCUUCCUGCCGAUCUGACGUCCACAGAGUGAUUUCCAAAUGCAACUACGACCACGUCGUCGACGAGCAUUUCCAGAGGAGCCUCGGGGAGAGCUACCAGAGAUCUCGCUCCCAGCAGCGCUCCAUCAGCGUGUCCGUCGAUGACCACUUCGCCAAGGCUCUGGGGGACCAGUGGCAGCAGAUUAAAACCAAGUCUUCCUCCUGUUCCUCCACGCCUCCCAGCAGCCCAAGCGUCACUCACUCCCCCACCUACAGACACAGCCCCAAUCAGUCCCACAAAGAGUCCACCAGCAGGUCAUCGCAGACUUCCAGCCGCUGGUCUGUCAAUUAAAAGCAGAAACGACCUCUGACACGGGAAGAAAACUGUGACUUUUAACAUUUCACUGCGUGCAGCUUCGCUUGUCAAGCAAUGAAAACGCCGGCGCUAGUGUUGCGAGGGCGAGCUAAACAGAUGCAGUCACUUUGGACCUCUUUGUGUGUCCGAAUUUAAGACACAUUGAUGCAGAUGAAUGUAGCAAUAAUUUGGGUUGUUUCCGGGUUAUGUUACAUUUCUGUCCUCUGCUUGAAUACCUGAGAUACUGUGUAGAUGGUGAUGUGGGAUGAUUGAAAAAUCAGCCAAAUAAUCCUUAACAUUUCUUGGAUUUUGUGUCGUUCUUUUAAUGCCACAAUUUCACUGUAUUAUAUUUAUGUUCUGAUAACACCUGGGUGCCUUAUAGUCUAAAUGGCUAGCCUGUCUGCUGUAUGAUAUUGUGCUUAUCAGCUAUACACAAAAGAGAUUUUUAAAAAGACUUUGAAAAAAUAAAAAUUUCAAAAACAAA